CACUGAUUGGCAGCACUGAUAGGUGGCACUGACUGGCAUUGAUAUGUGGCACUGAUAGGUGACACUGAAAGGCAGCUCAGCUGGGCACUGAUAUGUGGCAUUGAUGUGCACUGGUAGGCACUGAUAUGUGGCAUUGAUGAGGCACUGAUGGGCACUGGCAGGUGGCAUUGAUGAGCACCGACAGCUGGCAUUGAUGGGCACUGACAGGUGGCACUGCUGGGGCUACACAGAUCAUCAGGGCACACUGAUUAGUGCCCUGAUGAUCACUGUCAGCGUGAGAGCUUGUGAGGAGAGAAAUGCCGAUAACUGGCAUUUCCCUAUUUACAUGCGAUCAGCUGUGAUUGGACCAGGG